CACAAAUGGCGAGUCGCGAAGAGUCAUUUACAAUUUUAGGAGACCGCUGGCGAACCGUGCCUUGUCAUCCCUCGUUAAAUUCGAAAUUACAUUGAAGACGAAAAAUCAAAGGGGAUAAACUAGGUCGCCGAGCAGUCAGGAGCGCCAGGAUCUCCGCAGCCCGUCAAGAUGCUCGAGGGAGAACUGUCAGCUGUCAUCCUCCCAACGUUGUCGCUGAUUUUAUUUGCGGUGACUUUAAAGCUCGCAAGACACUUUCUGAGCGAGCCGCACAUUCACAUAAGAGAUACCAGUAAAGAGCACAAUUGGACUGCCAUUCAAGAUUCCACCCAGGCAUAUUAUUGCAGUAUCUGCGAAGCCCUGCUUCUGCAUUCCAUUGGAGUGGUCUGCGACUCCUGCGGAGUAUGUGCUGAUCCUUGUUGCAUGAAAAGCGCAGAUAAACAGCUGAAAUGCAAAGCGAUCGUGCUAUCCAGUAACCGUCCUAUGAAGCACCAUUGGGUGAAAGGUAAUCUCCCGUUACUGGCUAUGUGUGAUGUGUGCGAGGAGGAGUGCAGCGUAGUGCCUGGCCUUCACGACUGGUGGUGCUGUUGGUGUCAGCGCUUCGUACACGAGACAUGCAAACGAAUGCUCUCCGAGGUUUGCGACUUUGGUAUAUUUAAGUCCAUGAUAAUUCCUCCAGGGAGUUUAGAGAUAAUCAACAAGCACAGUACCAUAAGGAGUCGAAUGCAACUUAGAAGCAUCGUGCCACCAUCUUGGAGCGAUUGGUGUCCCCUCAUUGUCGUAGCAAAUAGAAAGUCUGGCAAUGGCGACUCAGGACAAAUUCUAUCUUUGUUCCGGAGAACUUUGAAUCCUGUACAGGUGGUGGACCUCGUGGAUCGUGAUCCUGUUGCAGCACUCGAGUGGUGUAGAUUACUCGGAGAUGUGAAUUACAAGAUUCUCGUCGCUGGUGGCGAUGGAACGAUCGCAUGGCUGCUGAAUUCUAUUCACAAGCUUCAAUUAAAGCCAGUGCCUGCGGUAGCUAUUCUGCCAGUAGGAACUGGCAACGAUUUGUCUCGUGUUCUGGGCUGGGGAAAGCAACACGACGAUGACUUAGACCCUUUGAAAGUCCUCCGGCAAAUUCAGGCAGCUCGUAACGUAGAACUGGACAGGUGGUCCUUAUCGAUCACUCCAUCUGGGGGGAAUCUACCCUUCGGAGGCACUCAGCGACACAACUUUAUGUACAACUACUUCAGUAUCGGGGUCGAUGCCCAAGUGGCCUUGAACUUCCACCGCACCAGGCAGAGUCGAUUUUACAUAUUCAGUCACAGGAUAUUUAACAAGCUCCUCUACCUCUGCUUCGGAACACAACAAGUUGUAGAAAGGGAGUGCAAAGAUCUGGAUCAGAAACUGGAGGUGUACCUGGAUGGAGUGCAAGUGGAAUUGCCUUCGAUAGAGAGUAUCGUAGUACUGAACAUUCCUUCCUGGGGCGCCGGAGUGAAUCUGUGGGAGAUGGGCUUGCAAGGUGACGAGGGGAUUGGCAAGCAGAGCUUCAACGACGGCCGUCUGGAGGUCGUUGCGAUUUACUCUUCCUUGCAUAUCGCCCAAUUGCAAGUUGGACUUUCGCAACCUCAUAGACUCGGCCAGGCUUCCACCGUGAAGGUGAAGCUGCAUGGUUCAUGCGCUGUCCAGGUCGAUGGUGAACCUUGGUACCAAAACCCCUGCGAAAUCGACAUUACGCAUUGUGACCGUGCUUCGAUGCUGAUGAACACUGAGGCUCUUGACGAGUAGGCGGUAGAGAAACGUUCCUAAGGAAGAUAAAUCGAAAAGACUGUUAGUUAACGAACGCACCGUGUCCAUGAACGCGGGUCCCUCGAGGGACCUCCUCAUCAAGGCCUCGAUUUCGCACUAAUUUCUCCUAUAAGAUAAUUUCGCACUAAGUUCGCCGUGGAAAAGGGUACCGAGAAUUUCUGUAUAGCAAGGAAGUGACUCGAGAUCUCGACUAAUUGUACAAAAUACAUAUUUAUCUCGUA